AUGGAAUAUCAAGCGCUUCGAAGACUUGUGUUGUACUAUCCCAAGGCUGUUCGAAGUACUAAAUUUGAGCAUAAUAUGACUAGAGUGAGCUGUAGAUAUAUGUCUGGAAAGGGUGGGCAGAGAGACGGGAAAGGUGAUUGUAAUGAAAAGAAGGAUUCCUCUAAAGAGUUGGGGAGGGUGCCUUCAAAAAUGAAACGGGCGUAUAAUGGUGGUAUAGUUGCUAAAGAGGGUGAUUCAUAUGCCUGCUCAGUACCGCAGCAGAAAAAGCAGUCCGUAGGUUCUGUAGGUAACGGCAGGUCUAGAGAAUCUAGACCUAGUUUACACCUGUUGGUCCCCAAGGUGGCCUCCACAGACCAUAUUCAGAAUAAAGAGGUGCAUACAGAGGGUCUGUUUGCGGGCUAUCGACCCUUGUUUUUGGGAAACUCUAGUUUUCCCUCUGAUGCAAGGAAGGGUAAAAACUUUCAUGAAUUAGGUGACGUUCUUCCCAAUAUACAGGUGAUUGAUGCUUCUGAGAAGGAUGGCAAACUGAACAUGCAGGAAAUCAUUGAGGACUUACACAAAUCAAGCUUGAGAGAUAGCAUUCAUAAUAUGGAACAGCAUUCAUCAUCGCACAAACGUAAACCUGUGAUACCAUGGGACGCAUCUAUAAGUGGUAUGGUCUAUAAUGACAUGCCUUUCAAGCAUGUGCCCAAAAGUGUUGUUCUAAGGAUGAAGCCAUUUAAACUCAUGCGUAUUGAGAGAAAAUCUCAAAUGAAGAAUACAAAAAAACCUGCCAUGAUAAAACUUCAGUUUCACAAUCAAAGAAUUAACGAUACAUUAGAGUUGGUGAAUUUAUAUCAGAGCAAAUCCCGUCUGCACGAGUCACUUCUUGAUAUGAAAACAAAUCAAGAAACUGAGUAUACAAGCACAAAUAUGAACAGAAGACAAAAAAUGCUAAAGGCAAGAAGUGAUUUUCAACAUAAAUUGAAAAACUAUGCAUACAAACACACAUUUAUCAAAAAUGACCAGGAACUAUUCCGCAAUGCAUUGACCAAGCUAAAUAAGAUACUUGCGAGAGAAUUUAAAAAAUUGACGAAACUAUCUAUACAUAACGAAUUCAAAAGAGAACACUUGCCCUUGGCUAUCUACGUGAGCAAGUCUAAGAGUACAAAGAAACUUUUUCGAAGAUCGUUAAAGAUGAAAAUAAUGGACCACAUAUACCCAGUUUAUACCACGAUAUUGUCCACUUUAACAAAUUCCAAAGACUCUAGUAAAUUUGAAAACAAAAUCAAAGGAUACAUUGAAAAAAUUAUAGCCCGGCUAUCAGAUGAAGUUCCAUCCACGUAUUUUUUUCAAGAUGGAGUAGAUUGUAUUAUUCUACCGAGCCCCAUUCAUAAUUUUAAGAGAAUGCACUGGUUGAGAUACACCAAGAGACACAAUAUUUUUUGGGGCAGAAGCAUAAAUAAAGAUGUGCAAGUGAGCUUCAAUGAUAAAUAUAUUAUUACCAGGAGUGGUGUCAGGUAUACACGAUAUCCCAACAAUUUGAAUACGCAGCUAUUAGAAACUGUAUUUGAAGAAUGGGAUUACUAUGAAUGA